UUCCCACCAGAGCAACCGCCUGGACAUUCGAGUGCACCAACUCAUAGAGCUAUCAUCAGCUAGGCACAGAUCGUUCAACAACCGUACCUAUUGUGCCCAUCCUCAUCGAGCCAUAUCUCCACCCCCCACCUUUUCACAACCUCAUUUUCAUCUCUGCUUCCACGUAAUUUCCCCCAAAGAUGGCCUUCACUCCCGAAAUCCUCGACAUCGCCAACGAGUCUCAGACGGCGGACACGGCCAAGAAGUUUGGACUCACAAUCGCCGAGGUGAAUGAGCUUCACCAGAGGGCGACGGCAGCGAAGGCGACAGCCUAUUGCCCAUACAGCCAGUUCCGUGUGGGCUCGACACUUCUUUCCAACGAUGGCCAGUACACCGCCGGUGCCAAUGUUGAGAAUGCCUCCUAUCCUGUUGGCACCUGCGCCGAGAGAGUAGCCUUUGGCAAAGCCAUCACGGAAGGCAUUCGGGGAUUCAAAGCCGUGGCCGUGGCCACUGAUAUUGAGGCCCCCUGCAGUCCCUGCGGCAUGUGUCGGCAGUUCAUUCGCGAGUUUGUGGACUUGGAGACGCCUAUCCUCAUGUUCAACAAGGAUGGCAAGUACGUUGUGAUGAGACUGGAGGAGCUACUCCCACUUUCGUUCGGCCCUGAGUACCUGCCGCCCCCAGAUGUCCUGCAAAAGAGCCGUGCUGGCGGAGUAUGAUUGACGAAGGAAUUUGUUUACCGCCGAACUGAUCCAUACUACGCGUACGAAGGAUUGUUUGCGUAGAUCAGGUGGGCGAAACCACAUGUAACUGCAAUAAAGUGUUCAGCAGUGUCUAGAAUAGGGACGGUGUAACGGGUAUCAUCUGACUGUCACAGACCAUCUCCUGGACAAGGUAUCGGUAUUGAGGCGGCAUGGACUAGGCUGUGUUUGUAGUCACUUGGCACUGGGACGAGUUCAGGGAGAUAGUGGCUGGAAGCAACAUAGAAGGCGAACCCCUUCACAGUAGGCCAUGCAGGUCACAGAAUAUAU